CUCCUCCAUAAAUUGCCACCAAUUCUUCCACCCCCCCAAUGCUAACAAAAAAAUUCUUCGUUCCCAACCGUUUACAAAAAUCUUCCUUCUCAAAUCUUAAGCUUCUCAAUCCCCUUCUUCUUCCUCAAUUUGCUCUAAUUCCAAAGCCCAAAUCCAUAUCUUUUCUCACAAAACAGAACAAGAAAAGCUUUUCAGCCAUCAUGUCGAGCACCUCAACCAAUACCAUUUCCGAUCUCCAUGAAAACCCUCAGAUUCUGAAACCAAGAACUGUGAUUAAGAAGGUUUUAGCUCAGGAGCAGGCAGAGGGUGUGGGAGCUACAGUUCGAAGAAGUAUCGGAAGGCCGGAGCUUCGGAAUUUUGAUCCGUUUCUACUGCUGGAUUAUGCAACUUUUUCUCCUCCUGCUGGUUUCCCAGAUCACCCUCAUAGAGGAUUUGAGACUGUGACUUACGUCUUAGAGGGAAAUCUCGCCCACGAAGAUUUUGCCGGCCACAAGGGAACCAUCGGACCCGGAGAUCUCCAGUGGAUGACCGCCGGCAGAGGAAUCCUCCAUUCGGAAAUGCCGGUGGGCAAUAGCGUCAACAAGGGGCUCCAGCUCUGGAUCAAUCUCUCUUCCAAAGAUAAAAUGAUAGAACCAAACUAUCAGGAGCUCCAAAGCAAGGAUAUAAAUAGAGUCCAAAAGCAGGGUGUUGACGUUCGCAUCAUCGCAGGGGAAGCCUUCGGUGUGCGUUCUCCGAUCUACACCCGAACUCCGACCAUGUAUCUUGACUUCACCAUGAAUCCUGGAGCUCAGCUCCACCAACUUAUCCCUGAAGGCUGGAAUGCAUUCGUCUACAUUAUAGACGGCGAGGGGGUCUUCGGCAAUGAAGGCUCCUCCCCUGCUUGGAGCCACCAUACGUUGGUUUUGAGCAAUGGAGAUGGAGUGAGGGCGUGGAACAAGUCGGAGAAGCCAUUAAGGUUCUUGCUCAUUGCAGGGAAACCGAUAAAUGAGCCGGUGGUUCAGUAUGGACCGUUUGUGAUGAACACAAAUGAAGAGAUAGAGCAAGCUUUUGAGGAUUAUCAGUUCUGUAAGAAUGGGUUUGAAAAGGCUAGAUAUUGGAAGAGGAGGGCGUAGAGGUGCUUUUAAGUGAUGAAAUUUGGAAGGAAAUUGUGAGUUCAAGGGGAAGUGUGAUGAGAUGUGUUAUUAGGUCAUUAUCAUAUGUGUGAGAUCUAAUUUCAAGUUUUUUUU